CCUUCCCCAUCCAUAUAUAUAUGUGUGUGUGUAUAAGAAACCCACUAUUUCACGCCAAAACAAAAAUUUCUCUUUUCUCUUUUAGCUCUGUUUCUUUAUCUCUCUCUCAUUUAAAAAAUCAAAUCUUUGUCCUCUUUCAACGUACUAUCUUACAUAAAAGAACACACCCUUUUUUCACCUGAACAAAACAAGCUCAAAAAAAAGAAAAAAAAAUGUCUUCAGAAAUCGGCGACAGACGUCCGGCGAGACUGCCGGCGCCGGUAAACGGAACACGGCCAUCGGAACCAGAGAACUUGCCGUGUCCACGUUGUGAUUCUACAAACACAAAGUUUUGUUAUUACAACAACUAUAAUCUUUCUCAACCUCGUCAUUUCUGUAAGUCCUGUCGCCGGUAUUGGACACGUGGCGGCACCUUAAGGAACGUCCCCGUCGGCGGCGGUACACGGAAGAACUCCUCCCAUAAACGCCCCCGUAUCAACUCCAGUACCGGCAACGUUCAAGAACACGCCAACCCGAUCACAAUGAUGGGAUCCGAGUCGGGUUUGGGUUCCGGGUCGGGUUCGAUGUCGUUGAUGGGUUGUGAAGUGAACUUGAAUGAGUCAGUACAUGAAGGUGGAAAUGGUACGUCGUCGUUUACUUCGUUGUUGACAGCUCCAGUGGGGGUG